UAUUUCCCUCUCUGCCGUUCCUCACUCCAAACCCUUUCCCCAUUUCCCAGAGAGGAGAGAGAAAACGCGAUGACGACCGGAUUGAAGAAGAACAGGAAGAAGAGAGGUCACGUUUCCGCCGGUCACGGUCGUAUCGGAAAGCACCGAAAGCAUCCCGGAGGUCGUGGUAAUGCCGGAGGUAUGCACCACCACAGAAUCAUGUUCGAUAAGUACCAUCCUGGUUACUUCGGUAAGGUCGGUAUGCGUUACUUUCACAAGCUGAGGAACAGGUUCCAUUGCCCCAUCGUCAACAUCGACAAACUCUGGUCUAUGGUUCCUGAAGAUGUCAAGGAGAAGGCCAAAAAAGAAGGCAAGGCUCCAGUUAUUGAUGUCACUCAGUUUGGGUUCUUUAAGGUUCUUGGUAAGGGUGUUUUGCCUAAUUCUCAGCCUGUUGUUGUUAAGGCUAAGUUGAUUUCUAAGGUCGCUGAAAAGAAGAUCAAGGAGAAUGGUGGCGCUGUGCUUCUCACUGCCUAAGUAUUUUUCAUUUUUAGUUUAUUGCAAUUUUGGUUUAUAUGUUUUGAUUUUAGGAGGAACGUUUAUCUUGUUUUUGAUCUAGAUCUGGGAUUUGAGAAAGCUUUUGCUGUUCUUAAUUCAUUUUGGAUUAAAUGAAAUGAACUAGUUUUCAGCA